AGGUUGUAAAACAGGCUCUGAACUUAACAGCCGCACUUACAAUAUUGCUAUAGAAACCAGUGCUUUCACCUGCGUUCAUCAUCGUACAGUACGUGAGUUGGAAAGAGAAGCCAUUGCUGAAUAUAGUGGAUCAAAUUAUAGUUCAGGUAUAAAAUGUUUAACUAAUUUUUUUAAAGUGUAUCUUUAUUUUUUCAUGUUAGAAAAAAUAAAAUUAAAAAAAAUAACUAGGCAUUUUAUGAAGUUUGACAUCUAAAAACCAUGUAGAAGUGUUCUUCAUAAAAUGCCUUAUAAAUGUUUACGAGAUGGCUCAAAAAGCUGAUGUCUAUGGUUAAUUGUUUACUCUUAUAAAAUGUAUGAUUUCUGAUGCUAUUGACAAUUGACAAUUAUGUGCAUGUUUUUCAGACUCCGCUCAGGAAGAAUCGGAUGAAAAGAAUGUUAACAUGCCAAGUAAAACUCUGGAAGAGUUGGAUCAAAGUUUCGUUUCAGAUAACAGUGAAAAUGAUGUUUAUAACUUUACUUCAGAAAGUGGUGAAAAGGUACUAAAAUUAAAAAUACUUUAUAUGGCCAGUAAUAUAAUUGUUUGAUAUAAAUUUAACUUGUUAAAAAUGAAGUUUGAUAGUUAUUAAUUUUGCUAAAAGGUAAUUUUUAUAUAUAGUUUUAAAAAAGUUUAUGAUCAAAACAUUUUUAUUUUAUUAAUAUUCAAAUUUAGAGAAUUUUUUUUUAAUGUAAAAUAAUUGUAUGACUAAUAAAAUAUGGAGAUGAAAAACUGCCAGUAAGUUGAUUGAAUGUUUGUCAUUUACUACAGUAUUCUACACCAAUGAAUGCUGUAUUCUCAACACAUUAGUUCAUGUUCAUCCACAGCCGGAUUCUUCACCUUGUAUUGAUUUUUCCUUAAAGUCAGUGAGAGCAACACUCCGCAAGAAAAGACCUUCUAGUCUAUUACAAAAUCGGCGUCAAAGAAUCCCUUACACUGAGCAGGAGAUGCUCAAUCUAAAGGAAGGUGUGGCCAUGAUGGGGACGUGCUGGCAACAAAUCUUAUGCAGUUACAAUUUUCAUCCCAGCCGAACUGCUGUUGACCUUAAGGAUAAGUACAAAAGAUUAAUGGUAAGGUCUAAGUGGUGUCACUUGCUAUUCAGAGUUAUAUGUCUUUAAAGGAAAAAGACCAAAUUAGUUACUUUGAUGAAUUGUAACUUUAAAAAAUGUAUACAAUUUUUAUAAAGUGGAUAUCGUUUAAGAUAUGUAUUUAACUUAAAAUUUAAAAUAUUUUACAUUACAAAACAUGAAAACACUCAUGACAGGCCUAUUGAUAAAAAUUAAUUUUCUACAAUGGUUAUCUAAAUUGCAUUUUUUGGCUUAAAUUAAAUAGAUUGUAGACAUUCUCUCCUUGUUGUCUUUACUUUUUUUUAAAACAGACAUUGUUUUAAAGCUGGUAAUAUAUAAUCACAAUUGAAAUAUGGUGUUGAUUUAUGUUGAGGCUACUGAUUAAGUCAUCACCAAAGUGAAAUUAGGAUAUUGUUUUUACUAUUAAUGUGUGACUCAAUAAAUGAAUCUGAGUUCGAGGGUAUGAUUAAAAAUAUAUUUUAUUACGUGUCUUUGAUAGAAAAUUUUGCAAAAUUUAAAAAAAAAGUAAAUAUGGGGAUUGAGGACCUAAUUAAAUUCAUUUAUUUUUAUAACAAAAUUUUGUAUUUUUACAAACUACUGCUGGUAGGAUCAUCCAUCUAUCCUUGUGCCACUACAGCCCAUGUAGGGCUUUAGCCUGCCUCACCACAUCCUUUCCGUCAGACCUAACUGAUGCUUUUCUUUUCCAUGCUUGGAUUCCCAACUGCUGUAGAUCCCUCUCCACAUCAUCCAUCCAUCUAAGCUUAAAGGUCUGCUUUUUCCACUAGAGUUUUGGUGCACCCUCUUCACUUCUCAGUCAUUUGGCAUUCUAAAUGUUCAGCCCAGCGUAGCCUGCCCUUUUUUAUUUCUGUUACUCUAGUGUGGGAUCCUGAUAAAAACUAUACAAUUCCUGGUUGGUUCGUAUUCUCCAUCCAUAUUCAUCCUUUGUUAGUUUGUAUAUUUUCCAGAGAACUUUUCUCUCCCAUGUGUUAAAUAGGUUUUCUGCUAUUUUGUUAUAGUCCAAGUUUCACUUGCGUAUAUUACAACUUGUCUGAUUACAUUUUAUGCAUAGUUUUCUUUGACUUUCUUGUGAUUUUUUUACUUUUGAGUAUUUUCUGAAGUCUGCUCUGUUUAUAGCUGAUAUUCAUUCUUUUAUUUCUGUGAGUAAUUCAUUUUUUUCAUUUACUAGAGAUACUAGGAGUUAAGUUGAUUUACUUUUUCAAAAGUGUGGUUUCUAAUUAUAAUGUUUUUUAGGGGUUGUUUAAUUAAUUAUGGGUUGGGCUUUUAUAAAAGUGGACACCACCUUCCCUCCAUUUAGGUUCUAGAUGUUGGGGAAACAGAAGCUUUAAAUCUAAUGUAACAUAAUUUUAAUGUUCACGAACACAAUUUUUUAGCAACAAUGCUGUUUUAGGCACAAUGUCUUAUUUGUAAAAAUUUAAUUUCUUAAAACUUAAAUAUUUUGAUAUCAGGCACUACAAAAAGCCAGCACCAAACAGAAGAGAUCACCAAAACCCUUUUCAAUGUGCGAAAUAAGAAGGUUGAAAAGAGGGGUCAAGACUUAUGGUUACAACUGGAAGGCUAUCCUGGCAGGUGGCAGAUAUGUUCCAGGACGCACUGCUGCAGAUUUGCGGGACAAGUGGCGAUCACUUAACAAGGUUACUUGAUCUGUACUUUCCAAGAUUUAAAAAUGAGACCAGUCCCACUUGUAGGAAAUAAUGUAUAGACAUUGAAGUAACUUAUUUUCUAUUUAUGAUAUUAGGAAAGUAGAAGGAACAACGAAAAAAAUAAAAUUCUAUAUUUGAAUUUAAAUAAUUUCUUUGAUUAAAAGAUAUUAAGACAAUAUUGCAAGUGAAGUUUGUAAAAAAUUCAGUUUUUCAUUUUUUGUAGUGAUGUUUUAUUUACUUUAUUUUGUAUGCUCUUGUGGCAUAGUGGUAAGAUUCUCUGCCUUAACCAAGAGAAAGUUGGUUAAAAUUCAUCAAGGGUUGUGUACAUGUUGUUUGGUAUGUGCUAUUUCCUGAUUGAGGCAGCUAAUCUGGAGGAUACUGUUAAUCAUAAAUAAAAAUCCUCAACCAUCAAAGAAAGACAGCAGAUAAUUUUGUGUGUGGUUUAAUUUUAAUUGCUUUUCAAAAAAAAACAAAUGGUUGUUGACAUCUCCCCAUUUGAGGGACAGAUGGUGAAAUUUAAUUUAUAUAAAUCCUGCACCUAAAUUAAAAAUACAGUAUUUUGAUAUUCUGUUAGCAUUUAUUGAAAUGUAGUCUCUUUCAAAUUCUGUUAUUUAUUUUUACUAUGUAAGCGGAUGCUUUGAUGUAGCAAUUUUUUAAAAUGUAAUAAUAAUGCUUUGUAAGAAAUACUCUCCCAUAAAGGUUUUCAUGGUAAUAUUGAUAUU